AUGCGUUCAGUAAUUCAAAUUUGCUCGGUGGUAGUAUCCUCUCUGGUUAUCUUCGGAUCCUGCCUCAGUGAGACUACGAGCACUCUAAGUGCGUCUCACCCACCGGUUCCAACCGCGUCAUGGCCGCCCUUACCGUCUAGCUUCAAUGACAUUCCGUCCAAGUCUCUCGACUGUUGGAAUUCGCAGUUUUCAUUCUCAUUCACAACAUAUUUCCUUUGGACUGAGGCUGCUAAAAGCAUCACUCCCAUCGUCACUACCUUCGUUCCACCACGAACACACAAUAGAACUUAUACCUACGAACAGAAGACGAACUGCUCCACUACAAAUUUUGGUCUUACAACGCUUUGCGACGGUAUCCCACGUGCUGAAAGCCGUUCUGCUACAUGCCGUACAACACAGGUCCUGACUUCAGACGUAUGGAUAGAGUCUUCAAGCACACUCGACUAUAAUACGGCGACUUGGACCAGCGAAUUUAGGCCACCGCAGCCUUCGUGCAAAGUAGCUGAAGACGGCAGCCUACUCUGUGAUCGGAUAUACGAUGCAUACAGCUACCGAGCAUCCCAGCUAAAAUCUGAGACGACGUUAGAUCCCUCAUACCUAGGGACAUUGUAUAACAUGAUCGGUCCACAUUGCACACGCUCUGACCCAUCCGAGACCACCUAUACAGGUACAAUGUGCAGAAUGGUAGCUUCAACAUACUCUGCAUACUACUGGCCAACCCCGGCGCCCACCGGUUCUGAGUUUUGCGAAUCCUCGAAACCAACAAGCACGAUCACUGAGGAAUUAGCUACUACAGUAAUAUCGGGACAUACACUCACGAGUCCCAGUGUUUACCACUUCAUGAGAGAUGCACGAAUUGAGAGUUAUUUAUUCGAUCAGCAACGAUACAAUCUUUCUGUUGCGGUCCCAUCAGACCUGGUCCUUACUGUGGCUCAACUAGAAUCCGACAUUCUGUCAGCAUCCAUAACGUGUCGCGGCCAUGAACUAGACUACUGCACCGCAUUUUUCAUACCUGAUUUUCGGGUCAAUGAUAUCUCUACCGCACGCGCAGACGCGUACGUGCGGAAUUGUGGUUGUGGAACAGACACUAUAUAUCAGAGUAACUACAAGCCUAGUGUCGCGGUGCCAGUCAGCGAUGUGGUAAAGCAAAAUCCUGGGAUAGGGGGAAAGGACUGCGAUUGGGACUUGUGGGGUGGUUAUAGUGGAUCGUAUUGGAAUGGAGGUGUGGAAAGCUCGGUUCCAGCAUUGGUGUUCGAAAACAUGCCGAGGACAUCAUUUUUGCCAAUCGCUAGGACGACAGAGGCAGGCACCCGUUCUGUAGCGGCUACACCAGUACCCAGAAAUGCUGCAACAAGUACUCUCGAGCCAACGGUAGCUAUCCAGUGA